UUGACGAGAUGCGAUCAAUUGCCAGUGUAUUCAAACGCUAUUAAAUUGACAUGGAAUAGAAUCGAGCGAACCGUCAAUACACGCAGUAUCGCCGACCGUCAUCCGCCGACCCCCGAGGAGACAACCCUGUUUACUCACCCACAUAUCCCCCCCUCGGUAGCUGGCUGAUCAGUGAGAGAGUGGACCGACUCACGAUAUUACCCGAUAUCUGACGUCUUGUUGUCAGAUUCCCCGACACUGUUUCAGACAUCUGAAGUUUGUUUAUUAUCAAGACAUGCAACAGUAACUCUCAAAGUUCAUCUCUACAGCUGAUGAUGGAGAAAGGAGCGGCAUCUCCACUGCGGGAGGAGGAAGAGAGACGGGUACCCUUGGAUUCAGACGCGGAGUUGUCGGAUGGGGGCUCAGACAUUGAUGUGACAGAGAGCAGAGUUUGUGACAGUGACAGCAACAGCAACAUCGAACACAGCAGCAACAUCGACCACAAGAGCGGCAACGACCGUUCGUCACCAAAUUCAACGCAAUGCCAUACUUCUAUCAAACCAACUGUAAAAGUUUUGCCACGACCGUCCUUCCUAAUAACAGACAUUCUUGGGCAGAGAGGCACCAACUUGUCUGACAGACUAUCAAGGGAUGUGCGAGGUAGGGACACAACGCCCGUUAGUGCUAGGGCGUUUGGCCACAUAACUGACAGUAACUUACUUGGGCACCUAUCCGACACAUCUAGAGUCGGGCACCUGCCCGACACAUCUAGACUCGGGCACUUGUCAGAUAGUGCCAGAAACGCUGGACAUCUUUCAGACAGAUCGCGGUCUCGCUCUCCCCUCUACAAGAAAGCGGACACAUCCCUAAGCGACAGUGACGACGAGGAUGACGUCGACGAUGGUGAUGAAACUGACCCCCUCAUGAUAAAGUCCAAGAAGCCCCGCAAGGCCCGCACGGCCUUCACUGACCACCAGCUGAGCUGUCUGGAGAAAAGUUUCGAGAGACAGAAAUACCUCAGUGUCCAGGACAGGAUGGAACUGGCGGCCAAACUCAACCUCACGGACACCCAGGUGAAGACGUGGUACCAGAACAGAAGAACCAAGUGGAAGAGACAGACAGCCGUCGGUCUGGAACUCUUGGCGGAAGCUGGCAACUAUGCCGCCGUACAGCGCAUGCUCCAGACCAACCCCUACUGGUUCACGUAUCAUCCCCAGGCUGCGUCCAUCCUCUCUAACAUAGACGCAUUCUACUUCCGCCACGGAGAGUCAGCCUUUACGCAGGCACAGAGGCCCUCACUACCCCGGAUGUUCAUCCACGGGCUCCAACAACACGUGAGUCAGCUCCCAACACCAACAGGGUCCACUGUGUUCCCGGAGAACCGAGGAUGAAUGUCCCCCGAGCUGACCAACGAUGGCUGUGUAUGAAGUGAAGCUUGGACAGAUAGGUUACACGGCUGAACUUUGUGAAAACAAGAGAUGCGUGUUGUGUUCAUGUGGCCAUCUGUAGAGGAGGUUGGCGCGACCUAUGACGUGCCCAGUGACGACACGUCUCGGCGUCGACCUGAUAUGAGUCCUGUUCUGUGUGACAGAGCUGUUCUUAUGUUCUGUGUGACAGGGCUGUCCUUAUGUUCUGAAUCCCAGCUUUGAUCAGAUGUCUGUUUAUUCAAAUAACUGUUGUUUUGUGGGUUUUUACGAACACUUAAUGUGACGUCACUGCUACGACCACUUCAUAUACUGUCACAAGUGCUAGAGCGUUCUUUUGACUCCCCCUGUUCGACUGACUGUGCUAUGAACACUAAAUACACUGUCACAAGUUCCAGAGUGCUCUUCUGAUGUCCCCUUUGUUCGAAUGACUGUACUCUGAACACUAAGUGUGCUGUCACAAAGUACUAGAACGUCCAGAUUGUCUAUACCGUGCAUUGAAGCCUGCUGGUGCUGGGCGUUGCAUGGGUUGUAUUCAUGUUACCAUUAUAUUAUC